AUGUCGUCAAUAUUUUCAUCCAUUACUUCUGCUUUGCAAUAUGCUUGGGAUAAAGCAAUAGGGAGUCACUUAUCAAUAAAAUACACAGGCGUUGCAUAUAUGGCAUUAACAAACCCAACAGGACUAACUUUUAGCUACUUUUUUACUGCUUUUAUGGAAACUCUUAAAGAUCCAGCAAAAUGUUCACCAGUGAAGUUAUCUAAAGCUCAAUUAAAAUACUUUUUAUUACUAGCAACUUUAUCGAGUCAAGUUUAUCAACCUCCUGAAGAAAGAAAGUUUCCAGAAGAGGCAGGAGAAAUAAUAUACGAAGAUUCACAGUCAAAAAUUGACAAAGCUCCUUUCGUUGUUUUCAAUAGUAACGAAUUAAAUAAAAUAAUUGUCGCAAUUCGAGGUUCAUAUACAUUUGCCGACUUUAUUACAGACCUUAAAGCCAGUGCUAUCGAAGUUGAUGGCAUUAUGAUGCAUUCUGGCGUAUUUUUCGCGGCUAACGCUUUAUUUGUUCGAAUUGAAGAGUUUAUUGUCCAAAAGUCAAGAGAAUUAAAUCGUCCAAUCGUCUUUACAGGCCAUUCUUUAGGUUCAGGAGUGGCUGCCAUCUCCGCAAUCCUCAUGAAAAAACAUUAUCCAGAAAUUGAUGUAACAGCAGCAUGUUUUGCUCCAGUUGCAAGUAUUAGUGGUGAAGAAUGGAUUGAUACAACACGAUACAUUACAUCUUUUUGCCUCGGCGUUGACCCAGUUCCAUUUUUAUCGUUGCAUAAUGUUGCCCAAGUUUCUCAGACAGGAAUGCCAGAGAUAAUUAACGAAAUCAUACAAGAUGCAGUGUCUCGAGAUGUUACAAAACCAAUUUUGAAUCCAUCAGAUUUAAAUUUUGAAGAAAAUCCUUUCGAAAGUCAGCCACCAACCUUAGAUCAGAUCAAAGCUGAUAUAAAGAUAGUUACCAGACGAACUACAGCUCUUUAUCCACCAGGAACAACUUAUCAUCUUUCAAUGGAAGGAAAAACAUUCAAAAAAGCAAAGUUAGAAUUAAUAAAUAACAACAUAGAAUACUUUGGAAGCUUCAGAAAAGGAAUGGAUGAAAAACACCAUUCAAUGGACUUAUAUCACGAUUGUAUUGAAGAAUUAUAUAAUAAUUCUUAA